AUGCAUAGGUUGCUGUACCUGCGAUCACCUCUAACUGUAGCGUCAUUGUCGUUACCACUCAGGAAAAGUUGGAAAUUUAUUCCCCAGAGACAGAUACCGGGUUUUGGAGUACUGCCUGUUCAGCAAUAUAGACAUUUCACUAUGAGUGACCUUGAUAAUUUACCUCCAGUUGACCCAAAGACUGGUGAAGUCAUCAUCAAUCCGUUGAAGGAAGAUGGGACUGAAAAGACUCCAAAGGAGAUCGAGAAGGAGAAGAAGAAGGCUGAGAAGCUGUUAAAAUUUGCCGCUAAGCAGGCCAAGAAGAAAGAAGCAGCUAGCAGUGACUCCGGUGCUUCUGAGAAGAAAGAGAAGAAGAAGAGCAAGAAGAAGGAAGCUGAACCAAUUCCAGAGUUUGUGGACAAGACUGUUCCAGGGGAGAAGAAAGUUUUAGUUUCAUUGGAUGAUCCUGCUUUGAAAGCUUACAAUCCUGCCAAUGUCGAAAGUUCGUGGUAUGAUUGGUGGGUUAAAUCUGGAUUUUUCGAGCCAGAGUUCACCCAGGAUGGCAAGAUUAAGCCAGAAGGUCUAUUCUGUAUUCCUGCACCACCACCAAAUGUUACUGGUGCCUUACAUAUCGGACAUGCUUUGACUAUAUCCAUUCAGGACUCUUUGAUUAGAUACAACAGAAUGAAAGGUAAGACUGUUUUAUUCUUGCCUGGAUUCGAUCAUGCAGGUAUUGCUACUCAAUCUGUGGUCGAGAAGCAAAUUUGGGCCAAGGAGAAGAAAACCAGACAUGAUUAUGGUAGAGAAGCGUUUGUCAAUAAGGUGUGGGACUGGAAAACUGAGUACCAUAACAGGAUUAAGGGCCAAAUUCAAAACUUGGGUGCUUCUUACGACUGGACCCGUGAAGCUUUCACCCUGGACCCUCAAUUGUCUAAGGCUGUUGUCAAAGCAUUUGUCAGAUUGCAUGAUGAUGGUACCAUUUACCGUGCCCAAAGAUUGGUGAACUGGUCUGUCAAGCUGAAUACUGCUAUCUCUAAUUUGGAAGUUGACAACAAGGAUGUCAAGGGCAGAACUUUAUUGAGUGUUCCAAACUAUGACGAGAAAGUCGAAUUUGGUGUCUUGACCUCUUUGGCCUACCCAGUCGCCGAUUCAGAGACUGGUGAGAAAUUGAUCAUUGCUACCACUAGACCAGAAACCAUCUUUGGUGACACUGCGAUUGCAGUGCACCCAGAAGAUCCUCGUUACAAGCAUUUGCACGGCAAGUUCGCUCAGCAUCCAUUCCUACCAAGAAAAGUUCCUAUCGUGUGCGACUCCGAAGCCGUCGACAUGGAAUUUGGUACUGGUGCUGUCAAGAUUACUCCUGCUCAUGAUCAAAACGAUUACAACACUGGUAAACGUCACAACUUGGAGUUCAUCAACAUUUUGACUGAUGAUGGUCUUCUAAAUGAAAAUUGUGGUCCCGAAUGGCAAGGUAUGAAGAGAUUCGAUGCUAGAAAAAGAGUCAUUGAAGAAUUGAAGGCCAAGGAUUUGUACAUCGGUCAGGAAGACAACGAAAUGACUAUUCCAACUUGUUCAAGAUCUGGUGAUAUUAUCGAACCUUUAUUGAAACCUCAAUGGUGGGUCUCUCAAGGCGACAUGGCAAAGGAAGCCAUCAAGGCUGUUAGAAAUGGUGACAUCACAAUUACUCCAAAAUCAUCUGAGGCAGAGUACUUCCACUGGCUGGAAAACAUCCAGGAUUGGUGUAUUUCCAGACAAUUGUGGUGGGGUCAUCGUUGUCCAGUGUACUUUGUUCAUAUUGAAGGUCAAGAAGACGACAAGAAUGAUGAUAAGUUCUGGGUUGCCGGUAGAAACUUGGAAGAAGCUCAGGAAAAAGCUAAUGCCAAAUUUCCUAACCAGAAGUUUACUCUUGAACAAGAUGAAGAUGUCUUGGAUACCUGGUUCUCAUCUGGUUUAUGGCCUUUCUCUACUCUAGGCUGGCCUGAAAAGACCAAGGACUUGGAAAACUUUUACCCAUUCUCCAUGUUGGAGACCGGUUGGGAUAUUCUAUUUUUCUGGGUUAGCAGAAUGAUUUUAUUGGGCUUGAAGUUAACUGGCUCAAUCCCAUUCAAGGAGGUUUUCUGUCACUCUUUGGUACGUGAUGCUCAAGGUCGUAAGAUGUCUAAAUCCUUGGGUAACGUUGUGGAUCCAUUAGACGUUAUCAGAGGUAUUAAGUUGGAUGACCUGCACGCUAAAUUGCUGUUGGGUAACUUGGAUCCAAGGGAAAUUGAAAAGGCCAAGGCAGGUCAAAAAGAGUCCUAUCCUAACGGUAUUCCUCAGUGUGGUACUGAUGCUAUGAGAUUUGCUCUAUGUGCCUACACAACCGGUGGUCGUGACAUUAACUUGGAUAUCCUGCGUGUUGAAGGUUACAGAAAGUUCUGUAACAAGAUCUACCAGGCGACCAAGUUUGUCAUGAUGAAACUCGGCGACGGUUACCAACCGCCAGCUAAGGAAGGGUUAUCUGGUAACGAGUCUUUGGUCGAGAAGUGGAUUUUGCACAAAUUGACCACUAGCGCCAAGACUGUGAAUGGUGCCCUAGAGAAGCGUGAUUUCUUGAACUCGACUAGUGCUAUUUAUGAGUUCUGGUAUUUGGUUUGUGAUAUUUACAUUGAGAACUCCAAGUAUCUGAUCCAAGAAGGUACGGACGUUGAAAAGAAGUCUGCCAAAGACACUUUGUAUUUGUUGUUGGACAACGCUCUAAGAUUGAUUCACCCAUUUAUGCCAUUUGUCUCUGAAGAAAUGUGGCAACGUUUGCCAAAACGUUCCAGCGAGACUGCUCCAACUAUCGUCAAGGCAUCUUACCCAAUUUACAAUGAAGCCUACGAUAACGAAAAGGCUGCUACCGCUUACGAUCUAGUCUUGGAUAUUACCAAGGAGGCCCGUUCGUUACUAGCCGAGUACAACAUCUUAAAGAGCGGUCAAGUGUUUGUUGAGACCAACCACGAAGAAUCAUUCGGAACCGCCGAAUCCCAAAAGGAUUCGAUUGUUUCGAUGAUCAAGGCUAUCGACAAUGUCAACGUUGUGCACCAGGUGUCUGAAAUUCCAGAAGGCUGUGUUCUUAAGGCUGUGAACCCUGAAGUCAACGUUCAUGUGUUAGUCAAGGGACACGUUGAUAUUGACGCUGAGAUUACCAAGGUCGAGAAAAAAUUGGAGAAGGCCACCAAGACGAAGCAAGGUCUGGAGAGCACCAUCAGCAGUAAGGAUUACGAAUCCAAGGCCAAUGAGCAGGCCAAGGAGGCUAACAAGAGCAGACUGGACAACACCGUUGCCGAGAUCGAAGGUCUUGAAGCUACUAUUGAAAAUUUGAAACGUUUGAAAUUAUAA